UACUUGUCAAAGUUGUCAUAAAUGGUUUGCCGUUUCCUUCAAUUCCCUUCCCAUUUUGUUGCUUCCUAGUAUUUUCCCGUUCUGUCUGUUUCUCAUCCAAAUUUUCUAUUAACUCUUUGCUUUCUCAGCCAAAACUUACGGAACCCAUGUUGAUUCUUGGCUUCUUUCUGAUUAAACUUUCCUUUUUUUAAUUCUUAGUUUUCUCAGCCAAAACUUAGAAAAACCACCAUAUUCAUUCUUACUGCUUAGGUUAUUUCUCCAAAGAAGAAUAUCAUUUAUUUCUUUCUAUCAUCCUAUUUACACAUCUCUUACAAUUUCUUCAACCUCUUACUGAUUUCUAUAUCCCAUAUUCUCUACGUAUAUGGGUACUAUUGGAAAAUUUUCUAUCUUCAUCAUAAUUACAGUGUUGUUUAGUGUUGCCAAAGCUUGCUCUAAUGGAGAGUGCAGGCUCCUUGAUGAAUGCACAUCAGACGCAGAUUGUGAAGCUGGACUCUAUUGUUUCUCUUGUCCUCAAGGAUUUUCAGGCUCUAGAUGUGUCAGAUCAACCACUACUGACCAAUUCAAGCUUCUGAACAAUUCUCUCCCAUUCAACAAGUACGCAUUUUUGACAACCCACAAUGCCUACGCCAUCGAUGGAGAGCCAUCUCACACUGGAGUUCCUAGACUCACAAUAACCAAUCAAGAAGAUAAUAUCACUCAGCAGCUAAAUAAUGGUGUUCGAGCCUUAAUGCUGGAUACAUACGAUUUUCAAGGGGCUGUAUGGUUGUGUCAUUCUUUUGGGGGACAAUGUCACGAUUAUACUGCAUUUGAACCGGCUAUAGACACUUUGAAGGAAAUUGAGGCGUUCUUGUCUGCGAACCCAACUGAAAUUGUGACAAUAAUCCUAGAAGACUAUGUUCAGGCUCCAAAUGGAUUGACCAAAGUGUUCACUGAUGCUGGGUUGAUGAAGUACUGGUUUCCGGUGACGAACAUGCCACAAAAUGGUCAAGACUGGCCAUUCGUUAGUGACAUGGUUGCUAAAAAUCAAAGGCUAAUUGUUUUCACUUCAAUCAAGUCUAAGGAACAGAGUGAAGGAAUUGCUUAUCAGUGGAACUACAUGGUUGAGAAUCAGUAUGGUGAUGGAGGAAUGAAAGCUGGAAGUUGCCCAAACAGAGCAGAGUCAUCCGGGCUUGAUGACAAGAGUAAAUCUUUGGUAUUGGUGAAUUAUUUUCGGUCAAUCCCAAUCAAGCUAGCUGCUUGUCAACAGAACUCUGUGGACCUCAUUAACAUGCUUCAAACUUGUCACGGUGCGGCUGGCAAUAGAUGGGCUAAUUUUGUCACUGUUGAUUAUUACAAGAGAAGUGAGGGAGGAGGAGCAUUUCAAGCUUUGGAUACUCUAAACGGGGAGCUGUUAUGUGGAUGCGAUGACAUACAUGCAUGUGUGCCAGGAUCAACAUCAAGAGCCUGCACUCCUUUAGCUUGAUGGCGCCAAGAGAAAAUAUAUGCACCUUCAUUUGUUACCAACACAGCUUCAUGAAAUUACAAGUUAAAACAUUGUUUGGAUAGAAAUCCCGAUCUAAAUGCACAAAGAGAUAAUGUGAUAUUGUAUUUAACUGGAAUUCAAUUGAAUCUAAUAUCUUGCAUUGCAUGAAAUGUAUCCACCAAAUAAGACUUGAAAAAGGUCAUUACUAUGUUAUUCCUCUUGAUUUGGGCUUUGCAAGUGAUUAAUAUAUCACUACCCAAAUCACUCAAUUAUUGAAAUCUUACUGGGAAAAUCAUAAUCAUAUGAACCAAUUGGUUAAAUCUUUAAUUUAUGGACUCGAAGCACAUAAUAGACCACGGACUACUAGUAAUCACAUGUUUAUAGUACAAAGGGAUCAUAGGAUAGGAAAGCGAGUCCUUACCUAGCCUUUUUUUAGUGUAAGAAUAACAACUUGGUUGUUGGACAUCAAUAAAUCGUUUUCAAGGCCUUAUAGUAAAGGCCUGGCCUUGAGAAUCAAGUACGGAACUAAUAGGUUUAGAUAUAUAAGGUACGGAAUUGAGGUACAAAAUGGCUGGAAAAAAAAAAAUGGUUGUCCCCUCUGUUAUCAAAAUGGUUAUAUAUCUGUAUCAAUACAAGUAGGAUUCAAGUUAAAAAAUUACAAAAACAAAAACAAAAAACCAAAUACUCCAUGUAGG